ACAUUAUUGCUGGGAAAUUUUGAGGAGAUCUACACAUUUCAGCAGACACUCUGCCAGGCACUCGAAGAAUGUGCAAAGUUGCCAGAAAAUCACCAGAAAGUCGGAGGAUGUUUUCUGUCUCUUUUCAAUCAAUUUAAGUGUUUAUACUUGGCGUACUGUGCGAAUCACCCCUCAGCUGUGAAUGUCCUCACUCAGCAAAGUGAUGAACUGGAGAAGUUUAUGGAGGCUCAAGGAGCUGCCAGCCCGGGAAUUCUACUGCUGACCACAAGCCUCAGCAAACCCUUCAUGAGACUGGAAAAAUAUGUCACUCUGCUUCAGGAACUGGAAAGACACAUGGAGGAAGCCCAUUCAGAUCAUAAAGAUGUACUCAGAGUCACAGCAUCCUUCAAGGCUCUUGUGGUGCAGUGUCAGGACCUGCGCAAAAGAAAGCAGCUGGAGUUACAAAUACUUUCGGAAUCCAUUCAGUGUUGGGAAGGAGAAGACAUUAAAACCCUUGGAAAUGUUGUGUAUAUGUCGCAUGUAAUGGUACAGUCUGCAGCAAAUGAGGAAAAAGAUGAGAGAUAUUUCAUGCUGUUUCCAAGUGCACUUCUAAUGCUGUCUGCUAGUCCUCGAAUGAGUGGCUUCAUUUAUCAGGGGAAAUUACCACUAACUGGAAUGUCUGUAGUUAGGUUAGAGGAGAGCGACAACAUCAGUCAUGCUUUUGAGAUUGCAGGACAUAUGAUAGAGCGUAUUGCGGUCCAUUGCAGCAGUAGUCAGGAUUGUCAAGAGUGGCUAGAACAUCUCUACCGUCUAACUAAAACACCUUCUUCACACGCCUCUUUAUGUAAAACACCAUCAUGGGGUUCCCACUCUGCUUCAGACAGGAAAAACACCCCUCCAUCUCACCACUCACAUUCGUUAGUUCCUCGUGGACCUCUAGAACCUGCCAAAAUUUACAAAGCCUGGACCCUGAGUUGUUUGCGGCCAGCUCCACCACUUCGACCAUCAGCUGCACUCAGCUAUAAAGAGAGGAUGUCUUAUAUCUUGAAGGAUUCCAGCAAAAGUCCCAAAAAUGUCAAGAAGUUUCUUCCUAAACGAAAACCAGAACGAAAAGCUUCGGAUGAUGAAUCUGCUCUCAGGAAAAGUACUGUAGCAUUGGAAGAAGAUGCACAGAUUCUGAAAGUGAUUGAGGCUUAUUGCACAGGAGCUGGCUUCCAGCAAAACCUCAGCUCUGGUCCUCGGAAGGAUUCUAUUCCACAGGUCUUGCUUCUUGAGGAAGAAAGUCUCAUUAUUGAUGAUAUGAGGAGCAAUGGUCAAACUGCACCAGAAGAAAAGAGUCUUGUAGACACAGUUUAUGCAUUGAGAGACGAAGUCAAGGAACUAAAACAGGAGAACAAAAGAAUGAAGCAGAGUUUGGAUGAAGAGCAAAAGUCUAGAAAGGAGUUAGAAAAAUUGGUUCGGAAGAUUUUAAAGCAAACCAGCGAGACAGCACGUGACAAUCCAUCUUAUUAG